AUCAUUCAGCUCAUACAUUUCAAACGAACAUAAGCACUAGCGAACCGCAAAUAUGUACUUCAAGACUUCUCUGAUUGUGCUCGCUCUCGUUGGUGCCAUUGCUGCCCAGCACUACAAACAACAGCAGCAGCAUCAUCACCACGAGGAGGACCAUCACGCUCCAGCUCACUACGAGUUCCAAUACGACAUCCAUGAUGACCACACCGGAGAUGUUCACGGACAGAAGGAAUCUCGCAACGAGCACCAAACUCAGGGUGAAUAUUACCUGAUCGAUGCCGAUGGCCACAAGCGCACUGUCACCUACCACGUUGAUGGCAAGAGUGGAUUCAUCGCCCAGGUGCACCGUGAACCAAUCAAGGGAUUCCAGGCUCCUCAGCAAGUGCAUAAGGUUGUUGCUGUCCCAGUGCACCAUGGAUAUCAUCACUAGGGAAUUUUCGUAAUUUAGUAGAACAAAUUGUAAAUAAAUCGAGUUAGCAAAUUUAA